AUACCCCCAUCGAAUCAACAAAACUCAGAGAGAGCGUUCUCGCUUGAACCAGUAUUUCGAGAGAGUCUCUCUCCUCUGCAGAAAAUCAUUGUCUUCUCUCUAGUUCUUCACAAUUUCUCUCUCUAAUUUUACUCUCAGAUUCGUGGAUCGGACGACCAGCCUCUCUCCGCCCAUGACGAUGAUAACUCCUCCACCGUUGGAUCAAGAAGACGAUGAGAUCCUUGUGCCACAUUCAGAGUUUGUUGAAGGUCCACAACCCAUAGAAGGUCCUCAGCCCAUGGAAACACAAGCUGAAACUACUAGUACUGUGGAGAACCAGCAAAAUGAUGAGCCUCAAACAUCUAGGUUCACGUGGACAAUUGAGAACUUUACUAGGCUGAACACCAAGAAGCUCUAUUCUGAUACUUUUGUUGUUGGCAGUUACAAAUGGCGGGUUCUUAUUUUUCCGAAGGGAAACAAUGUGGAUCAUUUAUCUAUGUAUUUAGAUGUGGCAGAUUCGUCAACGUUGCCAUAUGGCUGGAGCCGAUAUGCACAGUUCAGCUUGUCUGUGGUUAAUCAAAUUUAUCCCAAGUUCACAGUAAGAAAGGAAACGCAGCACCAGUUUAAUGCAAGGGAGAGUGAUUGGGGCUUUACAUCUUUCAUGUCUUUAAGUGAUCUUUAUGAUCCCAGCAAAGGGUAUCUUGUGAAUGAUACAUGUAUGGUUGAAGCUGAUGUUGCUGUUCGUAGGGUCAUUGACUAUUGGUCAUAUGACUCUAAGAAGGAGACUGGUUAUGUUGGACUUAAGAACCAAGGAGCAACUUGUUACAUGAACUCACUUCUUCAAACUCUGUACCAUAUUCCAUACUUCAGAAAGGCUGUGUACCAUAUGCCAACAACAGAAAAUGAUAUGCCCUCAGGAAGCAUUCCUUUGGCCCUGCAGAGUUUAUUUUAUAAACUCCAAUAUAGUGACACCAGCGUUGCAACAAAAGAGUUAACCAAAUCUUUUGGAUGGGACACAUAUGAUUCUUUCAUGCAGCAUGAUGUUCAAGAACUUAAUAGGGUUUUGUGUGAAAAGCUUGAAGAUAAGAUGAAGGGAACUGUUGUGGAAGGGACAAUACAGCAGUUAUUUGAAGGGCACCAUAUGAACUACAUUGAAUGCAUCAAUGUGGAUUUCAAAUCCACGAGAAAAGAAUCAUUUUAUGACCUUCAGCUUGAUGUCAAAGGCUGUCGGGAUGUUUAUGCUUCUUUUGACAAGUAUGUUGAAGUUGAACGUCUUGAGGGUGAUAAUAAAUAUCAUGCUGAAGAACAUGGGUUACAGGAUGCUAAGAAGGGUGUCUUGUUUAUUGAUUUCCCUCCAGUUCUUCAACUUCAGCUUAAGCGAUUUGAGUAUGAUUUCAUGCGGGAUACAAUGGUAAAGAUAAAUGACCGCUAUGAAUUCCCUCUUCAACUUGACCUUGAUAGAGAGGAUGGAAAAUAUUUAUCGCCUGAUGCAGAUAGGAGUGUCCGCAACCUUUAUACGCUUCAUAGUGUGUUGGUUCAUAGUGGUGGGGUGCAUGGUGGACAUUAUUAUGCUUUCAUCAGGCCAACCUUAUCUGAUCAAUGGUUCAAAUUUGAUGAUGAAAGGGUAACAAAAGAAGAUAUGAAAAGGGCAUUGGAGGAGCAGUAUGGUGGUGAGGAAGAGUUGCCUCAGACAAAUCCUGGUUUCAAUAACACUCCAUUCAAAUUUACUAAAUACUCAAAUGCAUACAUGCUUGUGUAUAUACGUGAGAGUGACAAGGAGAAAAUAAUAUGUAAUGUGGACGAGAAAGACAUCGCGGAACAUCUUAGGAUAAGGUUGAAGAAAGAACAAGAAGAGAAGGAGGACAAGAGAAGAUAUAAAGCAGAGGCCCACCUUUAUACUAUUAUCAAGGUUGCCCGCGAUGAGGACCUGACAAAACAGAUUGGAAAGGACAUAUAUUUUGAUCUUGUAGACCAUGACAAAGUUCAUAGUUUCCGUAUUCAGAAACAGAUGCCUUUUGAACUUUUUAAGGAGGAGGUUGCUAAGGAAUUUGGCAUUCCAGUGCAUCUCCAGCGUUUUUGGAUCUGGGCGAAGAGACAAAACCAUACUUAUCGCCCCAACAGGCCAUUGACACCCCAGGAGGAAGCACAAUCUGUUGGGCAGUUGAGGGAUGUUUCUAAUAAGACACACAAUGCAGAACUGAAGUUGUUCUUGGAAGUAGAGGUUGGGCAGGAUUUAUGUCCUAUUUCUCUGCCUGACAAAACUAAAGAAGAUAUUCUUCUUUUCUUCAAGCUUUAUGACCCUGAGAAAGAAGAGCUUCGAUAUGUUGGUAGGCUUUUUGUGAAGAGUUAUGGUAAGCCGAUGGAAAUUAUAUCGAAACUAAAUGAAAUGGCUGGGUUUGCCCCAAAUGAAGAAAUUGAUCUCUUUGAGGAAAUAAAAUUCGAGCCGUGUGUCAUGUGUGAACACCUUGAUAAGAGAUCUUCUUUUAGAUUUAGCCAGAUUGAAGAUGGGGACAUUAUUUGCUUUCAAAAAUCCUCUUUUCGUGAAAGUGAAGAACAAUGCAGAUAUCCUGAUGUUCCUUCAUUUUUGGAAUAUGUACAUAACCGCCAGAUUGUUCAUUUUCGAUCUCUGGAGAAACCCAAGGAGGAUGAUUUUUGUCUGGAGUUGUCAAAGCUGCAUACUUAUGAUGAUGUUGUGGAAAGAGUAGCCCAUCGGCUCGGUUUGGAUGAUCCGUCAAAAAUACGGCUUACUUCUCACAACUGUUAUUCUCAGCAACCUAAGCCCCAUCCUAUUAAAUAUCGUGGAGUGGAGCAUUUGUUAGACAUGCUUGUCCACUACAGUCAGACUUCCGAUAUUUUAUAUUACGAAGUGUUGGAUAUCCCGUUGCCAGAAUUACAAGGCCUAAAAACUCUGAAAGUUGCUUUUCAUCAUGCAACAAAGGAUGAGGUGGUAAUUCACAAUAUUAGGUUGCCUAGACAGAGUACUGUAGGAGACGUGCUUAAUGAACUCAAGACAAAAGUUGAGUUAUCUCAUCCGAAUGCUGAACUUAGGCUGCUUGAAGUUUUCUAUCACAAAAUCUAUAAGAUCUUUCCACUCGUUGAAAAAAUUGAGAAUAUAAAUGACCAGUAUUGGACAUUGCGGGCAGAGGAGAUUCCAGAAGAAGAGAAGAACCUUGGUUCCCUUGAUCGCUUGAUUCAUGUUUACCAUUUCACAAAAGAGACUUCCCAGAACCAACUGCAAGUCCAAAAUUUUGGGGAACCCUUCUUCUUGGUCAUCCAUGAUGGCGAAACUUUAGCUGAAGUUAAAGUCCGCAUUCAAAAGAAAUUGCAACUUUCAGAUGAGGAGUUCUCUAAGUGGAAGUUUGCAUUUUUUUCAAUGGGUCGUCCAGAGUAUCUGCAAGACUCCGAUAUAGUGUCCAGCCGUUUUCAGAGAAGGGAUGUUUAUGGUGCUUGGGAGCAGUACCUUGGGUUGGAACAUCCUGAUACUGCUCCUAAAAGGUCUUAUGCAGCAAAUCAGAACCGUCACACGUAUGAGAAGCCAGUGAAAAUAUACAACUAGAGAUGUGAACCUCUGACCGUGCAUGAGUUCAACCCAGCAUCGUUUGACCACAAAGUGCAAUGUUAAAAUUGGCAAGGAUAAAAAAUGACUAUAGAUUGCGAGGCAGCAGAAGAAAUCGACAUUGAGGUGGUAUUUUUGUGGUUUCAUUUGUAGGUUUAUAGAUUCUGAUUCUUUAUUUGAUGCUGGGGAAGGGUGAUUUUAUCCUGAAUGUCGUGCUUUUGUUGUUGAUACCACUUGAGCUUUUGCUGUCCUUUUGCCCUUUCGUAUAAAAGCAUUUCUUGGCUUGAGAGAUUGGUGGCUUUCCAUAACUGAUCCCUGUGUAAUUUAUAGCAGUAUAUAGGGAGGAUUUUGGUUAAAGGGGAUGUAAACUGGUAUAGUGGGUGCCUUUUGACGUUUUAUUUUUUACUUUUACUUCUUUUCUCUACU